GGCAACCGCGGCGCGAUGGCGGCGACCAAGCGGGUGCUGUACGUGGUGGCCGUGCCCGGUGACCACUGGCCGUGCCCGCUGAGCAGUGGCCGCCCCGCAGGCGGGCUGGCCGAGGAGGUGGACGAGAAGGUUCUGCACGCUGCCUUCAUCCCCUUCGGAGACAUCACCGACAUCCAGAUCCCGCUGGACUACGAGACCGAAAAGCACCGAGGAUUUGCCUUCGUGGAGUUUGAGCUGGCAGAGGAUGCAGCAGCAGCUAUUGACAACAUGAACGAGUCUGAGCUCUUUGGCAGGACAAUCCGUGUGAACCUGGCCAAACCCAUGAGGAUUAAAGAAGGAUCAUCCAGGCCUGUCUGGUCAGAUGACGAGUGGCUGAAGAAGUUUUCAGGGAAGACUUUGGAGGAGAACAAGGAGGAGGGAGCAGCAGAGGCCCCCAAAGCAGAGGCACAGGAGGAGGAGCCUCCUGCCAAGAAGUGCCGGGUGAACCCGCAGGUUUUCCUGGAGAUCAAGAUCGGGAACAGGCCGGCGGGGCGGCUGCGCAUCCUGCUGCGCGCCGACGUGGUGCCCAUGACUGCGGAGAACUUCCGCUGCCUCUGCACCCACGAGAAGGGCUUCGGCUUCAAGGGCAGCAGCUUCCACCGCGUCAUCCCCCAGUUCAUGUGCCAGGCCGGAGACUUCACCAACCACAACGGCACCGGCGGCAAGUCCAUCUACGGGAAGAAGUUCGAUGAUGAAAACUUCAUCCUCAAGCACACGGGGCCAGGGAUGGUGUCCAUGGCAAACUCUGGCCCGAACACCAACGGCUCCCAGUUCUUCAUCACCUGUGACAAGACAGAGUGGCUGGAUGGGAAGCACGUGGUGUUCGGGGAGGUGACCGAGGGCAUGGACGUGGUCAGGGAGAUCGAGGCUCAGGGCACCAAGGAUGGGAAGCCCAAGCAGAAGGUGAUCAUCUCAGACUGCGGGGAGUGCCCGUGAGCUCGGGGUUUGGGGAGCCUGGCCUGGAGGGACAGGGAGCCAGCAGGGAUGGGACACCCCAAGAGCUUCCCAGCGCUGCCCAUCCUGCAGCUGCCAUAGGAACUCCCCUGCAAAGGGGAUAAAUUCCUUUCCCAGGGAUAAAUCACUGCCCGGCCUGCGCUGCCCGAGCAGGGCUGGGCUGGUCCUGCCGCCGUGUUCUGGAAAAAAUU